AAAAGAGUAGACCGGAAACCAGGUUGAGGAAAACAGUCCUGGAGCAACUAACGUCUCCUCUACCGGUGUGGGUAACCCUCCAUGAUGACGUUGAGUCAGGUGAGUCGGGCCGACCCGCUCAGCAGCCGCAGCUCACGACUCAACCAGGUGUUCCAGGGCCGAGUCAGCCUGCAGCCUGGAGGCGUUGCUCUGGGUCGGGAGGCGUUUCUGGAGGCUCUCCUCCUGCUGCAUGAGGAGUGCGUCUCCCCAGAGCUCAUGAAGAUAAGCCAUGUGGAACAUUUUGUUAAUAAGUUCUCUGAAGUGGUCUCAGAACUCCGGGCCAUGCAGCCAGGUCCUCAGGACUUCGAGCUUCGUGCGGUGGUGGGUCGUGGUCGCUUUGGCGAAGUCCAAGUGGUCCGUGAGAAAGCCACGGGGGAAGUGUGCGCCCUGAAAGUCCUGGGGAAGGACGCGCUGCGCUGCCAGGAACACGUGUGUUUCCACGAGGAGGAGCGGAGGGUCUUGGCUCUGAACUGCAGCCCCUGGAUCCCUCAGCUUCUCUACGCCUUCCAGGAUAAAGAGCACGUCUACCUGGCCAUGGAGUACCUGCCAGGCGGAAACCUGCUGUCCCUGCUGAACCGGUACGAGGACCAGUUGGACGAGCCCACGGCUCGCUUCUAUCUGGCCGAGCUGGUCGAGGCCAUCGGUGCCGUCCACCGGCUGGGAUAUGUCCACAGAGACGUGAGACCAGAGAACGUCCUCAUCGAUCGGACCGGGCACAUCAAGCUGGCGGACUUCGGCGCCGCUGCCAAGCUGACUGCAGACAAAACGGUGUGGGUUCCCGCGGUGCCGGUCGGGACCCAGGACUUCCUCUCCCCAGAGGUCCUGGCAGCCAUGAAUGGGGGCGCUCGAGGCGCCUACGGGCCCGAGUGCGACUGGUGGUCCCUCGGGGUCGUGGCGUACCAGAUGAUCUAUGCCAGGGCGCCUUUCACGGGCGCCACUGCCACCGAGACUGCUCACAACAUCCUGAACUUUCAGCGCUCCCUGAAGCUUCCCGAGGAGCCGCGGGCCAGCGGGCCGUGUGAGGAGCUGCUGCGCGGCCUGCUGUGUGGCGCCGCCGAGCGGCUCGGGGCCCAGGGCCUCCGCUGCCACGCCUUCUUCUCCAGCGUCGACUGGAGCCGCCUGAGACACGUUGUCCCUCCUUUCGUUCCUGCGUUGCACGCUGAAGAUGACAUCUCUAAUUUUGAGGAGCCGGCAGCCCCCCGGCCAGCCUCGGCAGCCCAGCCAGGAGCUCUGCCCGCGGGCUUCCAGGGCCAGGAUCUCCCCUUUCUAGGAUGGUUCUUCAGCCGAGCGCUGACCGCAUCGGCCAAACCCGAGUCAUUGUCUGCAGGCCUCAGCUCUCCUGCUAAGACCAACUCUAUGGAAAAGAAACUGCAGCUGAAAAGCAGAAAUUUACAAGAGACUCAAGACAAAUGUCACAAGAUGGAGCAGGAGAUCUCCAGGUUCCAGCGUAAGAUGACUGACCUGGAGUCAGUGCUGCAGCAGAAGGAUGUGGAGCUCAAGGCCUCCGAGACCCAGAGGACCAUCCUGGAGCAGGACCUGGCCACCUACAUCAGGAGGAGUGCAGGAAGAGAGUACCACGCCCAGCUGGAGGAGAUGCAGGUCACCGUCCGGCAGCUGGAGGAGGACCUGUCGGCCGCCCGGCGCCGCAGCGACCUCUACGAGUCGGAGCUGAGGGACUCCAGGCAGACCAGCGAGGAGCUCAAGAGGAAAGCUGUGGAGUACCAGCAGAGGAUCCACAAGGCGAAGGAGCAGGGCAGGGCCGACGUGGAGGAGCUGCUGUCCCGGCUGGAGCAGACCAACGCGGAGCAGCAGGGGAAGAUCCAGGAGCUGCAGGACAAGCUGGCCAAGGCCGUGAAAGCGAGCACAGAAGCUACGGAGCUGCUGCAGAGCGUCCGUCAGGCCAAAGAGCGUCUGGAGCGAGACCUGGAGCGGCUUCGAGGGAAGAGCGAGUCCAGCGACACGCUGAAGCGCCGCCUGAGGGAGACCGAGGAGGGCAGGAAGACCCUGGAGAACCAGGUGAAGAGGCUGGAGACGGUGGAGCGGCGGGAGCACAAGCUGAAGGACGACAUCCAGAGCAAGGCCCAGCAGAUCCAGCAGAUGGCCGACAAGAUCCUGGAGCUGGAGUCCAACCUGAGGGACGCCCAGACCACCGCCCACAGGAUGGAGAGCCAGCUGGUCCACAAGGAGAAGCUCCAUGAAGACAAGAUCAAGGUCCUGGAGGAGCAGAUGAAGGAGGACCUGGCCGACAAGGAGAGCCUGGAGGCCCGGAAGGCCCAGCAGGAGGAGGAGUCGAGGGAGAACCACAAACACAUCAGUGAGCAGAAGGCAACCAUCAACGCCAUGGACUCCAAGAUGAAGAGCCUGGAGCAGCGCAUCUCUGAGCUGUCAGAGGCCAACAAGGUGGCCGCCAACAGCAGCAUCUACACCCAGAAGAAUAUGAAAGCCCAAGAGGAGAUGAUCUCCGAGCUCCGACAGCAGAAGUUCUAUCUGGAGUCUCAGGCGGGCAAGCUGGAGGCCCAGAACGCCAAACUGGAGGAGCACCUGGAGAAGAUGAGCCAGCAGGAGCAGACCAAGAGGAACCGGCUGCUGGAGCUGGAGAGCAAGCUGAGGGAGAUGGGCCUGGAACAUGAAGAAGAGAAGAUGGAGAUCAAGAGGCAGGUGUCCGAGCUGACCCUCUCCCUGCAGGAGCGCGAGUCCCAGAUCAGCAGCCUGCAGGCUGCACGUCUGGCCCUGGAGAGCCAGCUGCAACAAGCCAAGACGGAGCUGGAAGAGACCACCGCCGAGGCCGAGGAGGAGAUCCACGCCCUGAGGAACCACAGAGAUGAAAUUCAGCGCAAGUUUGACGCCUUGAGAGACAGCUGCUCGGUGAUCACGGACCUGGAGGAGCAGCUCACUCAGCUCAGUCAGGAGAAUGCCGAGUUGAACCGCCAGAACUUCUACCUGUCCAAACAGCUGGACGAGGCGUCGGAUGAGAGGGAGGACCAGCUGCAGCUCAGCCAGGAGGUGGACCGGCUGAGGAGGGAGGUGGCUGACCGUGAGAUGCACCUCAACAACCAGAAACAGAACAUGGAGACGCUGAAGACCACCUGCAGCAUGCUGGAGGAGCAGGUGGUGGAGCUGGAGUCCCUCAACGACGAGCUGCUGGAGAAGGAGCGGCAGUGGGAAGCGUGGAGAGGCGCCUUGGAGGACGAAAAAAGCCAAGCCGAGAGACGCACCAGAGACCUGCAGAGACUGCUGGACAACGAGAAGCAGAACAGGCUGCGGGCGGACCAGCGCAGCACGGAGUCUCGCCGGGCCGUGGAGCUGGCGGUCAAAGAGCACCAGACGGAGAUGGGGGCCUUGCAGCAGGCCUUGAAGGAGCAGAGGCUGAAGGCCGAGAGUCUGUCUGACACGCUCCACGAUCUGGAGAAGAAGCACGCCAUGCUGGAGAUGAACGCCCGCAGCUUACAGCAGAAACUGGAGACGGAGAGAGAGCUGAAACAGAGGCUGAUGGAGGAGCAAGGGAAGCUGCAGCAGCAGAUGGACCUCCAGAAGAGCCACAUCUUCCGUCUGACCCAAGGCCUGCAGGACGCCCUGGACCAGACCGACAUGCUCAAGACCGAGAGGACCGACUUGGAGUACCAGCUGGAGAAUAUACAGGCUGUCUACUCCCAUGAGAAGGUGAAGAUGGAGGGGACGAUCUCCCAGCAGACCAAACUCAUCGACUUCCUCCAAGCCAAAAUGGACCAGCCCACCAAGAAAAAGAAGGGUAUAUUCGGACGGCGUCGGGAGGAUGUGGGAACCACGACCAACGGGGCGCUGGCUCCACAGGCGCAGCCGGCGCUUCCUCUGCAGUACGGGGACAUGAAACUGGCGUUUGAGAAGGAGCGCUCGAGAUGCGCCGACCUGGAGGAGGCGCUGCAGAAGAUGAGGAUGGAGCUCCGCUCCCUCCGAGAAGAGGCGGCUCAUUUCAAAGCCCAGGAACACGCGGCUCCUUCCACGCCGGCCCAGGCUCGACAUCAAAUCCUCAUGUCGGCCAUCGUCAAGUCCCCAGAACACCAACCCGACCCCAGCAGCCUGCUGAACCCCUCCACCCGCUGCAAGGAGACCUCCACGCCUGAAGAGUUUGGCCGUCGCGUGAAAGAGAGAAUGCAUCACAACAUCCCUCACCGCUUCACCGUGGGCCUCAACAUGAGGGCGGCCAAGUGCGCCGUGUGCCUGGACACGGCGCACUUUGGCCGGCAGGCCGCCACGUGUCUCGAGUGCCACACCCUGUGUCACCCCAAGUGCUCCCCGUGUCUCCCGGCCACCUGCGGGCUGCCCGCCGAGUACGCCGCGCACUUCUCGGAGGCCCUGUGCAGAGAGAAGGCCGGCUCCCCGGCGCUGCAGGUCAAAGAGGCCAGCGGGCACGUCCGCCUGGAGGGAUGGAUGAAGCAGCCGCGAAAUGCCAAGCGUGGUCAGCAAGGCUGGGAGAGGAAGUAUGUGGUGCUGGAUGGAACCAAGGUGUCCAUCUAUGAGACGGAGCCCAGAGAAGACUACGUCCAGAUGGAGGAGGAGUUUGAGCUCUGCCUGCCGGACGGAGAGGUGACCGUUCACGGAGCGGUCGGAGCCUCGGAGCUCAUCAACACCGCCAAGUCAGACAUCCCCUACGUGUUGAAGCUGGAGUCCCACCCCUUCACCACCUGCUGGCCCGGCCAGGCCGUGUUCUUUAUGGCGCCCAGCUUCCCGGACAAGCAGCGCUGGGUGGCGGUUCUGGAGUCGGUGGUGGCCGGCGGCCGCGGCUCCCGAGACAAGCUGGACUCUGACGCUGCAGCUGCUUCUCAAAGACAGAAGAACCUUUCCCCUCUGGUUCAGAAACUUCUGGGUAAUUCUCUGCUGAAGCUGGAGGGCGACGACCGUCUGGACAUCAACUGCACGCUGCCGCUCACCGACCAGGUGGUGCUGGUGGGCUCUGAGGAGGGUCUGUACGCUCUGAACGUCAUCAAGAACUCUCUGACCCACAUCCCCGGGAUGACCUCCGUCUUCCAGAUCCAGAUCCUCAAGGAUCUGGAUAAGCUGCUGAUGAUCACGGGAGAGGACCGGGCCUUGUGUCUGGUGGAGAUCAAGAAGGUGAAGCAGUCUCUGUCUCAGUCUCAUCUCCCGGCUCAGCCGGACCUCAACCCCUUCAUCUUUGAGACCGUGAAGGGAUGCCACCUCUUCUCCUCUGGAAAGAUUGACAAUGGGACGUGUAUCUGUGCCGCGAUGUCCAAUAAGAUCACCAUCCUCCGGCUCAACGAGAGCCUGAACAAGUUCUGCAUCAGGAAGGAGAUUGAGACGUCGGAGCCCUGCAGCUGCAUCCACUUCACGGGCUACAGCAUCAUCAUCGGCACCAACAAGUUCUACGAGAUGGAGAUGAAGCAGUAUGUGCUGGAAGAAUAUCUGGAUAAAAACGACGUGACGCUGGCGUCGGCCGUCUUCGCCGCGUCCUCCCACAGCUUCCCCAUCUCCAUCAUCCAGGUCACCAUGGCGCCACAGAAGGACGAGUACCUGCUCUGUUUCCACGAGUUCGGUGUCUUCGUGGACGCGUACGGCCGCAGGAACAGGAGUGAGGACAUCCGGUGGAGCCGCCUGCCGCUCUCGUUCGCCUACCGAGAGCCCUACCUGUUCGUGACCUACUUCAACUCUCUGGAUGUGAUCGAGGUUCAGGGCCACGCCGCUCUGGGGCCUCACUCGUAUGCACACCUGGACAUCCCUAACCCACGCUACCUCGGCCCCGCCAUCUCCUCCGGCGCCCUAAGAUUCCUUGGACCUCUUGGAGGCCUUUCCUUUGACCCCUGGAACCCAAAAACCCCCCUUUCCUUUGGCCCCCCCCAACCCUGGGACCCUUCCUUUGGCCCCUCCCAAAACCCCAACCCCUUCCCAUCUCCCCGGCCCAAAAGGGGCCCUUCCGAAAAAUCUCCGAGGCCCUAG